AUGGCCGGGAUCACCACCAUCGAGGCGGUGAAGCGCAAGAUCCAGGUUCUGCAGCAGCAGGUUGAUGAUGCAGAGGAGAGGGCCGAGCGCCUCCAGCGGGAAGCGGAGGGAGAAAGGUGGGCCCGGGAACAGGCUGAGGCUGAGGUGGCCUCCUUGAACCGUAGGAUCCAGCUGGCUGAAGAGGAGCUGGACCGCGCUCAAGAGCGCCUGGCCACUGCCCUGCAAAAGCUGGAGGAAGCUGAGAAAGCUGCUGAUGAGAGCGAGAGAGGUAUGAAGGUUAUUGAAAACCGAGCCUUAAAAGAUGAAGAAAAAAUGGAACUCCAGGAAAUCCAACUCAAAGAAGCUAAGCACAUUGCAGAAGAGGCAGAUACGAAGCAUGAAGAGGUGGCUCGUAAGUCGGUGAUUAUUGAGGGAGACUUGGAACGCACAGAGGAGCGAGCUGAGCUGGCAGAGUCCUGGUGCCGAGAGAUGGAUGAGCGGGUCAGACUGAUGGACCAGAACCUGAAGUGUCUGAGCGCUGCUGAAGAAAAGUACUCUCAAAAAGCAGACAGAUAUGAGGAAGAGAUAAAGAUUGUUACUGAUAAACUCAAGGAGGCAGAGACCCGUGCUGAGUUUGCUGAGAGAUCGGUAGCCAAGCUGGAAAAGACAAUUGAUGAUUUGGAAGAUAAACUGAAAUGCACCAAAGAGGAGCACCUCUGUACACAAAGGAUGCUGCUGGACCAGACUCUGCUUGACCUGAAUGAGAUGCAGAGCACGCCAGGCCCACCCUGCCGCUGA